UCAGGAGGACUUAUAUGAGAGAGACUCGUUAUCCAUCUAUGGAGGCCGGGCCUCACAGAUAGCGAAAAGAGAGGAAAGGGAGAGAGAAGGUGUGUUGUUUGAGAGUGUGAGAAGGGGCAAGAGGAGUGUUCGUCCAAACGUCAGGAGAGAGCGGACCCCUCUUGAGAGUUCUACUGACACCCCUUCCUCCGGCAUGRCGAACAUCACAUCUGCCCAAUGGCAGGCCAUGYUGGAUACAGCGGACGAGAGCCAGAAACCAUUCUUUCAAAAACUGUAUGAUGAUGCCGUGCAGAGAGAAAGGGAGGCAGCGGCAGCAGCUAGAGCCGCCGACAUUGCUGAUCAGGUGGCUCUCUUCCGGAUCCCGGAAACUAAUGCUGACCGGUUCCGGGAGAAACUAGCUGCUGCUGUAGGAACCUUGGUCCGACUGCGGACCUUGGAAGACUUUGAGUCUCGUAUGACAGGACUUGAGCAGUGGAACGAAGAGCUGCAGGCUAAGGUAAUUAGCCUUGAACAGUCCCAGUUGUCUGCCUCCCGCCCUCCUAACCCUCGAUCUGCUGUAAUCCCAGUCUCUAAGCCCAACACAACCCUCGUUCCAAGGGCCAGCGGAACUGCGGUAAGUGCAGGAACCGGAGCAAGCUCCUCAAGCGGCAACACCGGUAGUUCUGCACUGAUCGCAGUCCCAAAUGUAGGGACUUCAGCCCAAAACGCCACAGUCCUUACUGAAGUUCAGUACAACGGUCCCAUGGUGGACAAGCGGGCGACCACGCUGCCGUCCAAGUACGACGGGAAGGCUGACAUCACCUCUUGGAUUAGUUUCAUGCGGUCAUACUUCGAGGUCAUGCGGACACCGCAAGAGGACCGAAGUAUGAUCAUGGGAACUAAUACCGAGUCCGUACGAAACCACAUUGAGCUCCAAGCUGUUGCUGCAGGCUAUGCACGUAUAGACCUGACUGAUUGGCUGAAGGUCACCCCAGUUCGCACCCUUGAGGAUCUUCUCCUUGACUGGUAUCAGGAUAAACAUGCUGCGCUGAAGGCUAGACUGAAGCUUGAGGCCCUCAAGGGCCAAACAUGGAGGUCAUCCAUGCAGGCUUUGGAACAGCACCUGACUGGUCUAUUCACCACUCCGGAUCUAGGAAUGACUGACGUGUCUUGCAUGGAUGUAGUCAUGGGAGUGGCCCCUAAAGAAUACCUCUCCCUGCUAGCAAUCAAGGACCAUGCUACCUGGCGAGAGCUCAUGAAGGACCUAGUCGACCUAGAGGCCAAGGACCUCGCCAGGCGCAAGAAGGCGCCCGCUGCGGGUGGGAAACCACAACGCAAACUGUUUGGAGGCAGCAACCAGCUUGCAUUGCAUGAUCAUCGGGAGGCUGACGAUCAGUCCUAUGCGGAUGAUCUGCCUCUAGAUGACGAUCUAGAGCCGGACUCCGAUACGGGCUGAUUGCUAUCGUCUUCAGGGAAACAGGCAAGGGUUGUAGAGGAGACAUCAGCACUCUCUACAACAAGAGAAGCUGAGCAGUCAGUUGCAGACCCCUCCGAGGAGCCUGAAUCUGAUCAGCAGCGUGCUCUUGAAGCCCAAACUAACGCUGAUUCCAAGGCUGAGAAAGUCCAAGUGUUAUACACUGAGCCUUGGGAAGAGUCUAAAGAGGUCAACCUCCACGCCCACAUGGAGCAUUGGCUGCAGCUCAAGCAGCAACGCCGUGUCCAAGGGAGCGUGGAGCUGACUUUCUUUAAACUGCUCAUUAACUGCCGAUACAUCCGCGUGCUGAUUGACAGUGGUUCGACCACUAACUUCUUCUCUCCGAACGGGAUUCGUAAGGCGGGCCUGGGUAUGAAGCAAGUGGAACUGCAGAACCCUUGCCGGACUGAGGUGGGCAACCAAGAGGUUGUCACUUCCACUCAUGCUGUCAAAGGUGUGCGCAUCACCUUUGACAAAGACCGCACUGUCACACACGAGCUGAAUUUCUAUGUCUUGGACAAGUGUCCUUUCGACGCGGUUAUUGGCUUGGGCCGGCUAAAGGCUCAUUGCCUAAGGACCACGUGGGGGGACAAUCAGUUCGUGGUACUUGAUGCCAAGGGGAACGAGCGUACCGUCUUACUAGAUGAGACGCGUGAGUCCCUUAUGACUCUUCGAAGUGCUAACAAAUUCUGCAGGCAUAAGCCUUAUGGACUACUGAGACCUCUUCCCAUUCCCGAUGGACCCGGCGAGUCGAUUUCCAUCGACUUCACGGACAUGAGAAAGGUGAGUGAGGCUGGGAAUUCACAAUUCAUGGUCAUUGUGGACCGCUUCUCCAAAUUUCAGAACUUGAUUCCUCUCCCUCCUCACACCCCGACUGAACUUGUCAUAGAAGAAUUCCAUCUGCAGUACAUUCUGCAGUCCGGCGUCCCGAAAACUAUUGUGAGUGAUCGGGAUACCAGAUUCAUCAGCAAAGAUUGGAAAGACUUCACAUCUCAGAUCUACGACAUCAAACUGAACAGGACUUCUGGUCGUCACCCCGAAGCCAACGGAUUGGCUGAGGAGAUCAACCAGACUGUCAUCCAAUUGCUUUGCGCACUAAUUUUUCCAGAUCAGAACACGUGGGACAAGGAAUUGCACAUAGUGAAGGGACUGUACAACAACUCCAUUCACUCUGCGACUGGUGUGACACCAAACCAAUUGCAGUAUGGAUGGCCGAUGCGUAAUCCCCUCUCCUAUCUGUUCCCUGAACGGUCACCUGGUCUGAUGCCCGACAUGCCUGGCUACAAUGCCAAGUACGCACGCUUGCUCAAAGCUGUUACAACAGCUAUGAACAAGCACCAGCAUGCCAUGAUCAAACAUGCCAAUAAGCGGCGCAAAGAAGAAAAGUUCAAAGUAGGGGAUUAUGUUUGGGUCAAAAUAUACGAGUUUUCUGAUGAAGAGGGCAUAUCACGGAAGCUUUUUCCACUGUACUACGGCCCUUGGCAGAUUCUGAUGGUAGUCGGGGAUGAUUUCGGUCCUUCGUAUGUGAUUGACGUGCCUCCUCAUCUGCGCACGUAUCCAGUCUUCCAUGCCUCCAAAUUGUUCCCACACAUUGAUGAUGAGACUUUUCCCUUCCGUGAUCCUAUGAUACCUCGCCCUAUUGACGGCGGCCAUGAGAUUGACAGAAUCCUUUCUCACGAGAGGAGAGGAAGGAACAGAUAGUACAAAGUUCAUUUCCUCUACCACCCGUUGAACGAAUUCUUCUGGAUCGACCGGAAAGAACUGAUAAAGAGUGUUCCACGUG